AUGAAAGUGGGAUGCCCUCCUGGAACGUACGGCGCAGGCUGCAGCUUGCGUCACAACUGUAGUUGCGCGGAUGGUCAGUCUUGUCAUCCACAGUGGGGCCACUGCACGGAUGACAGGUGCCGCGCUGGGUAUCGCCAACCGCCAUACUGCGACAACUCGUACCCCGUGCUCAAGACCAUUCAUCUGUCCCCCCUUCGCGCCACGGUCCUGCAAGUGCGGUGGAACAAAUGGGACCCUCAGCAGGACUACGGUGUGGGGAAUCCAGAAUCUUACAUCGUCCAAUCCAAGGAAGAUGGAACUUCAAGGUGGAAAAUCGGCUCGCUAUCGGCUACGGGCACUCAAGGAACCACUGUGUACUAUAACAUAACGGGUCUUCGGCCUGACACCCGUUACAUGGUCCGCGUUCUGGUAAAAGAUUGGGACGGGCACAUUAAUAAAGAACGAGCUCCAGAGAAAACUGCUACGACGCCAUGUGGAAGUCCCCAAGUGCCCCCUCAGAACGUAUCGGUCAAUGGACACGCCCAAGGAUACAUGGUCGUCACAUGGAAGAUUCCUGAUGCGAUCACGUGGCAAUGUUCCACUGCCAGUACCGAAAUCCGCAUCAACCAAAGUAUCCAUCGAAACGAUCAAAAUACAGAAAGGUACUCGUUCCGCACUGCGCCGUACACACUUUACACCAUAGAGCUGAGAACAGUCACCGGACAAAACACGACGAGCGAAUGGUCUCCGACGGUCCAUGUCACAUCAGCCGAACAAGCUCCUGGAAAAGUUGAGAACCUGGUCGCCAUCCGUGUGGCAUCAAAGCUGUACACAGUGUCCUGGACGCCACCCGAAAUACGUAACGGUAUCAUACGAGGAUAUCAACUGGGUCUGGAGCCGAAACGUCUGCUCCAUUGUACAAGAUCUCCGCCUGAACACCUGAUGUUCAUUAUAUCCGGAAACCAGACGGCACGCAAUGUCUCGUUGAUGCCUGAUGCCGAGUACAGUAUUCGUGUGAGAGCACGCACUGUCGCUGAUGGACAAUGGACGACUAUAAAAGUAACGACACCUGACGAAGCACCGGAAGCUGCCCCCGGAGACGUAAACGUCCACAACGUCUCUGACGCGGGCGCUACGAUCACGUGGAAAGAACCGGACUGUGCUCUUAGUCACGGCGCCAUUAAGGGCUACAAGCUAAAGCCGAGGAGAAGGAAAGCACCGCAGGGAAUACUAGAGCGGACCACCACGAUGAAAUCUAUCACCUUCAACCGACUCAGUCCCUUUACCAACUACACCUUUGAGCUGUCCGCAUGGAACACAGCAGGGUACGGGCCUGCAGUCUACGCAGUAUUCAUGACAAGGCCCUCCGUGCCUAACGCGCCGACGAACCUGACGUGGCACAGCGUAUCGUGCACAUCGAUCGCCGUCUCGUGGCUUCCACCGGAACCGCUUACGGGAAAGUUACAGCGUUAUCGUGUAUACUACAGGACGUCAGAACAUGCAGAGUUCAUCACUGACGAGAUUCCUGCACAAGCAUACUAUAUUUCUUAG